UCACGCGGCUCGACGUGGAUGUUCGAUUCGAACACAUUUGGCUGGGAAAGUGCCAGGAAAAGUCCCAUCCGACUAUAUUCCACUUUCAUUCGAAAAUUUAACGCCCGCGCUGCAGGCGCGUUGCUCCGGUUGAGAAAUAUCACAAUAAAAAAAAUAUCACUAAAAACAACGAUAUUGGAUAAAUCACCGGGAAAUAUAUCGAAAAACGAUAUUUGGUUUCUUGUAAAAAUAUUGUUUUCUAAGAUAUUUUCAUGCAUUUUUCGGGAUCCGGCAAAAAAGAUACACCUCUAUCUUUCGCGUUGAUAAACAAAUUACAGCACCGAAACGAAUUUGUCGCGCAAUUUGUGAAAAAGUUAUUGGUCUAUUGUGUACAUUAAUUAGUUAAUGGGUAAUUGCUCAAUUUAUAAACAUGUGCAAUUGAGUGCAAGUUACUCAAGCCAGAAACAAAGUGGAUAAAGGAAAAUAAAUAAGGAAAAACCAAGGAAAAUAUGCUCAGAAAACGCAGCCGUAGCCUACUUAUCGCAUAAAAAGCCGGUACGGAUUCGUUAAGGGAUUGCCAUAUAAUCGCCGUCGCGUUAAUUGCGCCCCGCCCCCUGCAUCCCGAUUAUAUAUCCGACUAACUGUUAUCGCGACCGUGUGUGUGUGUGUGUCUGCCUCUGUGUGCGUGAGCCUCUGUAUUCUGUACAUAUGUACAAUAUUUGUCGUCGUCGUCGUGUAUCGUUGUUGUUGUUCUUGCUGUUAUCCUUAUUAUGCAUCGUCCGCUGGCAUUAAUCUGCGUAUAAAGUAUAAAAUAUAAAAAAUUUGUGUUCUUCGGUGUUGUCUCGUGUAAGUGUCUAUAAUUUGUUUAAGUACGACAAGCGAUCGGUGCGAAUCAAAAAAUUAUCCUGUCUGUGUGUGAAAAUUGAUAAUAACGCUAUCGAAACAACAACAGCAACAACCAAAUCAAUCAAUCAACGUCAGAAAAAACCAACAAACAAGAAGUACUGGGACUGCUAAAUUUGUCAAUCUUCAAAUCAUUUUGGAUCCAGGCGUCCACCGAGUUUCAACUGUUCAAAAAAAAGAAUUCAGUUCAUAAAAUCUAUUUUAUUGGAAACCAUUUGAAAAGAUAUGACUGAACUUUCAUCCUUCAACGCAUUUGUUUUUCCAUAAAUAAAUAAAUCCCAGAGACAAACUAAAACCUGUUGUAAACAAACGAGUAAAAGUUGUUAAAUAAAGAAUUAAUCAAUAUAUUUGCCAUACUUAAUAUCCAUUUAUCGAUUAAAGUAAAUUCAGACGCAGUAACUCUAAAUCACGCACAGCCAAUCCAAAACAAAAAUAAAAUCAAAUCCAUUUAAAUACAAUAAAGUUAGACGAAAAGCACACACAGAAAAUCAACAAUAAUAAAUGUUGCAAAUUUAAUCAAACCCAACUGAAAUUUAACACAAUUUUAUGCAAAGUAGAAAUGUUAAAUUUACACAACACAAACCACAAUAACAACAGCGCCAAGAACAAGCAUAACAACAGCCAUAAAAUGCAUUUGAAAAGUGCAACGGCAAAAGCAACAAUAAUGAAACAUAAGUUAAGCAAAUUUUACGGAUACGGUUGGAUGCAAGUCUUCCUACUACUUACAGUCCUCGUGAUUGGUAAUCAAAGUGCCUGGCAGGAGAAUAUACGACCAAAACUUUACGUUGAAUUAGGUCCCGAAGAUGUACUAAAGUUUGUGGGUAACGAAAGUGUCGUGGAUCACUUCAAGCUCGUCACCAGGGAUGGCAACAGUCUGCUCAUCGGUGCCAGAAAUACGGUUUUUAAUUUAAGCAUACAUGAUCUCGUCGAGCAGCAGCGUUUGGUCUGGACGUCGCCGGAGGAUGACACCAAAAUGUGUGUCGUCAAGGGCAAAGAUGAGGAGGCCUGUCAGAACUACAUUCGCAUCAUGGUGGUGCCAUCGCCGGGUCGCCUCUUCGUUUGCGGCACCAAUUCGUUCCGGCCAAUGUGCAACACUUACAUCAUCAGCGACAGCAACUACACGCUGGAGGCCACGAAAAACGGACAGGCGGUAUGCCCCUACGAUCCCCGUCACAACUCCACCUCUGUACUGGCUGACAAUGAACUUUAUUCUGGGACCGUGGCGGAUUUCAGCGGCAGCGAUCCGAUUAUCUACCGUGAGCCCCUGCAGACGGAGCAGUACGAUAGCCUAAGUCUCAAUGCGCCGAACUUUGUAAGUUCAUUUACGCAGGGAGACUUUGUCUAUUUCUUCUUUCGGGAAACCGCUGUGGAGUUUAUCAACUGCGGCAAGGCGAUUUAUUCGCGAGUUGCCCGUGUCUGCAAGUGGGACAAAGGUGGCCCGCAUCGUUUUCGCAACCGCUGGACAUCCUUCCUCAAGUCCCGCCUCAACUGCUCCAUUCCGGGCGAUUAUCCGUUCUACUUUAAUGAAAUCCAAUCGGCCAGCAACCUGGUGGAGGGACAGUAUGGCUCGAUGAGCUCGAAACUGAUCUACGGAGUCUUCAACACGCCGAGCAACUCGAUUCCCGGCUCAGCGGUUUGUGCUUUCGCCCUGCAGGACAUAGCCGAUACGUUUGAGGGCCAGUUCAAGGAGCAGACCGGCAUCAACUCCAACUGGCUGCCAGUAAACAAUGCCAAGGUUCCCGACCCGCGUCCCGGUUCUUGUCACAACGAUUCGAGAACGCUUCCGGAUCCCACAUUGAACUUCAUCAAAACACAUUCACUAAUGGACGAGAAUGUUCCGGCAUUUUUCAGUCAACCGAUUUUGGUCCGGACGAGCACAAUAUAUCGCUUCACUCAAAUCGCUGUAGAUGCACAGAUCAAAACUCCAGGCGGAAAGACAUAUGAUGUUAUUUUUGUGGGCACAGAUCACGGCAAGAUCAUCAAGUCGGUAAAUGCCGAAUCCGCCGAUUCCGCGGAUAAGGUCACCUCAGUGGUCAUCGAGGAGAUUGAUGUUUUGACCAAGAGUGAACCCAUUCGCAAUCUGGAGAUAGUGAGAACCAUGCAAUACGAUCAACCAAAAGAUGGCAGCUACGACGAUGGCAAAUUAAUCAUUGUGACGGACAGCCAGGUGGUAGCCAUACAAUUGCAUCGUUGUCACAAUGACAAAAUCACCAGCUGCAGUGAGUGCGUCGCAUUGCAGGAUCCGUACUGCGCCUGGGACAAAAUUGCUGGCAAGUGCCGUUCCCACGGCGCUCCUCGAUGGCUGGAGGAGAACUAUUUCUACCAGAAUGUGGCCACUGGCCAGCAUGCGGCCUGCCCCUCAGGCAAAAUCAAUUCGAAGGAUGCCAACGCAGGGGAGCAAAAGGGCUUCCGCAACGACAUGGACUUAUUGGAUUCGCGACGCCAGAGCAAGGAUCAGGAAAUCAUCGACAAUAUUGAUAAGAACUUUGAAGGUCCCCAAAUCUCUGCAGAUAUAAUCAAUGCCCAGUACACGGUGGAGACCCUGGUGAUGGCCGUCCUGGCCGGUUCGAUCUUCUCGCUGCUGGUCGGCUUCUUUACAGGAUACUUCUGCGGCCGACGGUGCCACAAGGAUGAGGACGACAAUCUGCCGUAUCCGGAUACAGAGUACGAGUAUUUUGAGCAGCGGCAAAAUGUCAAUAGCUUCCCCUCGUCCUGCCGCAUCCAGCAGGAGCCCAAGCUGCUGCCCCAGGUGGAGGAGGUGACGUAUGCGGAACCGGUGCUUCUGCCCCAGCCGCCGCCGCCAAACAAGAUGCACUCGCCGAAGAAUACGCUGCGCAAGCCGCCGAUGCACCAGAUGCACCAGGGUCCCAACUCGGAGACGCUCUUCCAGUUCCAGCCCGAUGGCUAUAACACCCAGCAAUCCUAUCGCGGUCGCGACAACUUCGGAACACUGCGUUCCCACCAGGUGAUGGGCGACAAUUAUAGGCGCGGCGAUGGCUUUUCCACCACCCGCAGCGUCAAGAAGGCUGUAAACAACACAAACACACGUAACAGAAGUCUUGGUCGCGCAAGAAGACAGCCGCCCCGUCAUGGCAUUGUAACUCAACACCGUUCGAAUAGCCCCCAGCAGCAGCAGCAGCAGCAACAGCAACAGCAGCAGCCGCACUCCAGUUCCGGCUCCUCCCCCGUAAUGUCCAACAGCAGCAGCAGUCCGGCUCCGCCAUCCAGCAGUCCCAGUCCGCAGGAGAGCCCCAAGAACUGCAGCUACAUCUACCGUGAUUGAUUGAUAUGCAACACCAAAUCGAUGCCACUCAUCCAGGCCCAGUCCACGCACAACCCCCAGUCACAGCCACAGCCACAGUCACACCCCAAGUCACAGUCACAGGCAAACCCCUCCUCUGGAUUGACUACGCCCCCCGUCCAGCCACGCCCUAGGAGUCCAAUGAUCGGCAGGACAUACGCCAAAUCAAUGCCCGUGACUCCAGUUCAACCGCAAUCUCCGGCGCUGGCGGAGACGCCCUCCUACGAGCUCUACGAACGCCACUCCCACUCCACAUUCCAAUUCGACGACGAUGAGGAUGAGGAUGAGGACGACAAUGACGACGACGACGAGGACCUGGAGGACACCUCAUCGCUGGCCAUGAUCACACCGCCGCCGCCCUAUGACACACCGCACUUGCUUGGAUCGCCACCAUUGCCGCCACCACGUCGAUUUCGCUUUGGCAACCGGGAACUGUUCAGUAUGAGUCCUGCCGGAGGCGGGGCCACGCCCACCCCAUCGGGCAGCUCCAUCAAUCGCGGCAGCAGCAGCGCCAUAACGCCCACCAAGCUGAGUGCCGCUGCAGCCGCCAUGUUCGCCGCCCCUCAAAUGGCCACCCAGCUCAACCGGAAGUGGGCCCAUCUGCAGCGGCGACGGCGCAGGCGCAACAGCAGCUCCGGCGACUCCAAGGAGCUGGACAAGCUGGUCCUCCAGUCCGUCGACUGGGACGAGAACGAGAUGUACUAGCCGACAAGCCGCCAAUAAGUUAGCAGAAAUAAUUCUCUUUGAGAUUGUAUCCAAUUUCACCUAUUUUUUUAGAAAUCUGAAGUAGAAAAAAACUAACUUCUGUAAAAAAGUGAAAUUGUAUCAGUUGGAAAUUCAAAACUAAAAGGAAUGUUCUCUGCGCUUAUUUAGGUGUAAUGUUCGUUUAAUGUUAGGGAAGUAAAUAGUAACUGAUUUGUAAGUUGUUAACUUAGACUUCAGGGGAGCUAAAGUUUUUCAUUACCUUUCUGUAAAAGCUUUUUUGUGCUUUCUUUCAUAAGAAAUUUAUAAAAAAAAUUCUAUAAUUAUUAACGCCUUUGCAUUUAUACAUCCAAUGAAGUUUAUACAAAAUUCUAAAAUCAAAAUUUUUCAAGAAAAUUAAAUGAAUUUUUUUGAUGAAUAACAUUAUUUAAUGCCUUUGGGUGUUUUUUUUCCCCAAGGAAGAUUAUACUGAAAUCUGAAAGGAUGAUAUAAAAACAAAUGGAAUAGGUUUUUAAAAUUAAUAGCAUAUUUAAAAUUUCUGAAAUCCUAAAUUGUUGGGAAAAUGAAAUACAUUUAUUUUUUAUCAAUAAAAUUUUUUAAUACUUUUGCGUUAUUUUUUCCAAAGAAGUUUUUAAAAAA